UCAGAUAUUUUUAUUACCUCCAAAGUCUCCCCAUCAAAUCAAGGCACCAGCUUGGCUAGAAGAUCCAUAGAGACCUCACUAGAAAAUCUGCAAACCGACUAUAUUGAUCUGAUGUUGAUUCAUUGGCCUGGCACCAGUGGAAAACCGGUGGACGACCCGAAAAAUGCCGAGCGCCGUAAGCAGACCUACGAAGUUCUGGAGCAGUUCCAUGCUGACGGUCAACUGCGCGCAAUUGGGGUGUCAAACUAUGAGAUACGACACUUGGAGGAAUUACUCGAGCACUGUAAAGUCCACCCGGCUGUGAAUCAGGUCGAAUUUCAUCCGCAUUUUCAUCAGUUAGAUCUCUACGACUACUGUAUGUCACACGACAUUCAUUUCCAGGCCUACAGCAGCCUGGGAGGACCGGACUAUCGUGAAGAGCUCUUCAGUGAUCCUGAUGUGGUGGAACUUGCAGCAAAAUACGAGAUUACCGUUCCACAAUUCCUGCUGUCCUGGGCAAUAUCACAGUCAAUCAGCGUACUGCCACGCAGUACCUCACGUGAACGGACGAUCGCCAAUUUUGCAGCAAAAGAUGUUCGCAUUUCUCCGGAGGACAUAGAAAAAUUGUGGAAAAACGGCAAGUGUCACAAAGCGAGUUGGGAUCCGAGUGUUGUUGUCUGA